ACCAUUGCUGAAUGGAGGAAGGCUUUACAGCAUGCGCUGAGCUUAUCGCAAACUGCAUCGCUCCAGCUACGAGUUUUCGGUUUCCGGGAGCAGCUGUGUCAUGUGUUGGCCGAGACAUCCUGGCGUGUGCGCGAUGUGAAGGCAGUGAUCAAAUCAAUCUGUGGAGUCCUUCCAUCAGAGCAACGCUUGAUUUACGAGAUGGACCUCUUGGAAGAUCCAGUGCUUCUGACAGAAGUUCUUCCCCUUGAGGCAGGAAGGCUUCACGACAUCGCUAUGGUACGCUGUCCUCCAGCAGUACAGAUAUCUGGAGGAGCGGUCAUGGAGCGCCACGAAGCAUUGAAAGCGGUGCGACACGAUUGGCGCCACCUUGGGGAAAUGCAAGAGAUCUACAGGCAAGAUCGAGAGAUUGUGAUGGCAGCAGUUGCGCAGGACUGCAUGGCGCUCCAGUUUGCUUCAGAUGAUUUGCGAGCUGAUCGAGAAGUGAUUUCAGCAGCAGUCCAUCAAUCUGGUUCAGCAUUGCAAUUUGUGGAUGAAGCUCUUCGAGAAGAAGUUUUGUCCAGCGCCGUGGGCUACUGACCUGGCCUUCCAGGAUGACUUCCUUGGAUGAGUGACACCAGCGGUACGACCAGGGUUGCACCUGACGGCACGUACCAUGCGAAGAGUUCAACAAGUCCGAGAAUUUGGUGAAUGCCCAGCUCCAGCAGAUCUGGGAAGUGAUGGCUUUUACACAAGAGGCAGCGGCACUGAGACGUCAGAAUACGUCAGAACUUCCGGGUGUGGAUGGAGAACUGAGAUGAGAAUAUCAUCAGCGAAAGAUGGCCACAAACCUGUCAUGACUACCAUGUGGUUGAAAAAGGGGCAUGGAUUUGAGUUGCGUCGUUUGCUAAUGAGAAAA